GAAAACGAUUCUUGCUCUUGACUCCUUUGUGCAGUGCUCGCACCCCCACGCUCAUUUUCAUCGUCCUCGCCAAGAAUGCUCGUCCCCGCGCUGCUGACUCUAAGCCUGAGCCUGGUCGGGCCGACCCGUGCUGACACGCUCUACCCGCUGAUCGAGUAUGCCGGCACGUCGUUCUUCGAUGGAUUUGACUUUUACGGGGCUUGGGACAAUCUGACACACGGCAACGUGACAUACGUGACAGACACAGUGGCGCGCUCGAGCUCGCUGGUGUCCGUCGAUGGCAGCGGGCGCGCGGUGAUGCGCGUCGACAACACAUCGACCGUGGCCGAUGGCGGGACGCGCAACUCGGUCCGUGUCACCUCGCGCGCGGUGUUCCCGAUCGGCUCGGUGUUCGUCGCGGACAUGGCGCACAUGCCGACGGGCUGCUCCGUCUGGCCGAGCAUCUGGCUGAACGGCAUCCUCGCGCCCGGCGACGUGUGGCCCGACGCGGGCGAGAUUGAUUUGCUCGAGGGCAUCAACAAGAUGACGACGAACCAGUUCUCGCUCCACUCGCCCGCGGGCUGCAGUCAGAACCAGUCGAUCACGCAGCUUGGCAGCCCGAUUGCGAGCCAGAGUAACUGCAAUACGACCAAGGGCUGCUCGGUCACGGGCCUGCCGGACAGCUUCGGCGCGCCGUUCAAUAGUGCCGGGGGCGGCGUGUAUGCGCUCCAGUUUGAUGUGUCGGGGAUCUAUAUGUGGACCUGGCCGCGGGCGUCGGUUCCGCAGUCGAUCUCGCAAGCUACGAGCGGCGGGCCGUUAACAAAGGAUGCUACUUGGGGCUCGGCAGUCGCCGCAUAUGUCGGUGGUGCAACUUGCAAUAUCGCAAAGAGCUUUGGCGCACAGCAACUGGUCAUCAACAUCGCGCUCUGCGGCGACUGGGCCGGCGAACCCGGCAUCUACGCCUCCUCGGGCUGUCCCGCCGGCACGUGCUACGGCGCCAACGUCGUCGGUAACGGCUCCAACUACGGCGACGCGUACUUUGCGUUCAACUACAUCCGCGUGUACAGCGAAUCGCCCGGCGCCAGUGUCGCGGGAUCUAGUAGUGCGGGGUCCGGCUCGGCGUCGGCGUCGAGGGGAAGCGGCCCGGUGAAGACGCAGAGCGCGGCUGUGAAUGCGCCGACGACGGGUGCUCCUGCGCCAAGUGGGACGAGUUCCGCGGGCGAGCUGAGAGCUGGUAUUGUGACAGUGGGGAUUCUGCUUUUUGUGUCCGUUCUGCUGGCUUUGUGAGGUUAGUUCAGGGUUACUGUGGCUGGCUCGAUCCAAUAAGAGGUGUUCUUGAAUGUGUUAUGUAUUAGGUUGUUAUCUCUCGUCAUUUAUAGAUUUUAUAUACCCAUCAUCCCUGUUCUGAGACUUAUUCAAACUAGUUCCUAAAAACUGGCUGCAUUUGAC